AUCGUCAUCGAGCAUCAUACGUCUAAGUAUCCAUUGAAUAUAUCAUAAACGAAUAAAAAUCUUGCUCUAAGAUUCGAAUAUCGAGAUUUUAGCUACUAACUAUUUUAGAUUUACGCCUAUCCUCAAAUAAAGUCAAGAUGGCUGGUUCAUCAAGCAAAUGUACAGGUGCCACUGAGAGUCACGGGUUUUCCCUUCCAGAUCCUGACUUCAAAAUCACAGAUAUCGAGAAAAUCGUCGAUUUCUACAAGAAGCUACCGGCUGGCGCUCUCGAGGGCACAGGUCAGUGGGAGGAUGGAGUCGAGGAGGCAGCGGAGCAAGCCGUGACCGAUUGGGAAAAGGAGGCCGGCCGGUCGGCGACUACGGCGGAACGAGAAAGGAUGAUGAAUAAUAUCCGUAGAAUCCAUGAGGGCAGUUGGCUCGAAGGAGCCAAGGCGGAGCUCGUGGGGAAGACCCAAUGUCCAGUCGGCUGGUUUAACCGGCUCUACUCCGAGCACGAAGAAUCUGUUCGACACCUUGCUGAAAUUCAUGUUCGAGCGGCGGAGCAGAUGAAUGAGCUCCGAGAGAGAAUCGAGGAACUUGAGGAUGCCAAAGAUUGUGAGCCUUUCAAAGAAGAGGUGCGCACCCUUAAGGCUGAGAUCGAAGUUCUUAAAUUGCGACCCACUACGGCGAAAGUGGAUGACAGCGAGGAGGUUAAGCGCUUGAACGCGCGACUCGAGGAAGCCGACAAAGAAAAGGCGGAUCUGGAACGGCGAAUUGCUGAACUCCACCGACUCAGGGACCAAGAUCGUGACGAAAUUGAUAGGCUCCAGGAUGAACUCCGAGCGAGCCGAAUGAGAGAAAACGCAGUCAAAGACCAGGUUAGGACCCAAGACGAAAGGAUCCAGCAGCAAGAACAGGAUAAGCAAGAUCUCCGUGACGAAAUUGACCGGCUCAAGGACAAGCUCGAUGAAAGUCCCGUCGUGGUACAACCUGGACCUGGCACCACGAACCCGGCUCCAAAUCCCGACCCGAAACCUGAUCCUACUGGAGGUCCGGGCCCAAUCCCAAAUGAGCCAAUCGACAGUAUUCUGAAAGCUAUUAGAGAUGCCAAGGAUAAUAAUCGAGACUUGACUGAAGAGAUUGAUGCGAUUAUCAAUAGGUUGAUGGCUUUGAUUGGAGGAAAGGCCAACCUUCGCGAAUUCUGGACCGCUGUCGAAGAGAUGCAAAAUAAUUGCAACAAGCUCCGAAAGCGAGUACUCGAGCUUUACAAGCACCUUGGUUUCUCCAGAGAUAACAUAACAGCAGAGGAAGCCAUCGACGAGAUAUGGGAGAAGGUGAGCGAAGUAGAGAGUGAUGACGUGAUGAAACUGAAGUUGCUCGUCCUGAAGCUUACCAUGGAGCUCUCAAUGGCGGAAAUGCGAAUUUCAACGGCGGAGAUGAAGGCCGACACGCUCCAGAUGAAAAUCGACAUGGAAAAGACAGAUUUAGAGCGAGACCUCGAGGCUAAAAAGCAACUCGACUUUUACGAUGACGAGGAGUUGGAGCGACGGGUUGACGAACGGGUGCAAAUGUACCGAGAGCACCGCCGCCUUCUGAUCAAGAACAUGAUGACUGCUUGGAACCAGCUGCAACUCGUUAUAAUGACACUACCACCCACAGAAGCGGCGGUCGCAGCAACCAUCGAGGAGAUUCGCAGUCAAUAUUUGUCUCCAGCCUUAUUGCCGCCCGCGCCCGCCAUGUAAGCUCGUGGUUUAAGUCACAAAACUCGAUGCGCCCUUGAGUUUGACCUGCCUAUAUGAACUGCUGGCACUUAUUUUCUGAAUGAUGUUAUGAAAAAUUAAUUAUGAAGGUCUUGGAAAAGGGCAUCGUAAGAGUACCGUUUAGGAUUUGUAUAGUGUUAGCAUAAUCAUUCUCGGGAUUUAAAAACGAAAGCAUAGCAGGCUAAUUCGUUCAAAUUUGAAAAUUCUUAGGGACACGCCGGGG